GAUGAUCGUGCCAACGAUGACGGAUUGGUGGGCUCGUUUGUUUUUAAACAUUUCCCCCUUAAGAUGACAGAAUUUCGCUGUCGCGCAUCCUGAUUUUCACAUCGCCUCCUCCGGCAUUAUGACCAACGAUUCCCCGGAGGAGGAGAGCCGAGGAAGGCGGGUAACUCGGCCGAGCCGGGCGGACGACAAUGUCACCAUCCUGACAUCAUCCAUGGAUGUUUACCGAAGCCGCAGCCGGGCCAGCAGCAGCAACGACGCCGGAGCUAGCUUCACAUCCUCCGCGGAUUUGAGCACCUCUUCGCUGGAACUGAGCAUCCAGACGCGGAUCUUUAAGAUCAUCGUGAUCGGGGACUCCAACGUGGGGAAGACGUGUCUCACAUUCCGCUUCACGGGCGGCAGCUUUCCCGACAACACCGAAGCUACCAUCGGUGUGGACUUCAGGGAGAAGGCGGUGGAAAUUGAAGGAGAGACGAUCAAGGUGCAGGUAUGGGACACGGCUGGUCAGGAGCGAUUUCGUAAAUCCAUGGUAGAACACUACUAUCGUAAUGUCCAUGCCGUAGUCUUUGUUUAUGACGUCACCAAAAUGGCUUCCUUCCGCAAUCUGCAAACAUGGAUAGAGGAGUGUAAUGGUCAUCGGGUUUCAGCAUCGGUACCUCGAGUCCUAGUUGGGAACAAGUGUGACCUAGUCAACCAAGUACAGGUGCCAUCCAACAUGGCAUUGAAGUUUGCAGACUCCCACAAUAUGCUUCUGUUCGAGACAUCCGCAAAGGACCCGAGAGAGAGUCAGAAUGUGGACUCAAUCUUCAUGUCACUGGCCUGCCGUCUGAAAGCCCAAAAAUCUCUACUCUACAGAGAUGUGGAGCGGGAGGAUGGGAGAGUGCGACUCACACAAGAAACUGAGACAAAGACUAAUUGUCUUUGUUGAGGCAAAAAUGCAAUUGGUAGAAGUAAUAGAAUGGAAUAUUGUUCAUCGGAAUAACUGUGCAUGUCAUGGAGGGGUAGGGGAGUGAUGAUGGGGAUGUCAAACAAGAGUUUUAAUGUAUUUUUACUUGUUUAGGAGCAAGAUGAUGCUCAUGACUGAGACUGAAAGCAACAUCUUGUGGAAGAGAAAGUGAGGCAACUUUUGCAUUGGACUUUUUAGCACAAAGGAUGAGGAAAAAUACUGUAUGAUGAUGAUGGAUCGAAGGAAAGAUGAACAUGAAGGUUAUAGAUUUGUUAAAUGUUCUGAAAUUAGUCUGCUUUCUUUUUUUCUUUCUUUCUUGAAACAGUAUUUCCUCAACUAGGUACCGUUGCUCGAGGUGAAGUUAACAGUGGACUUUAAAAGAAAAAAGUCCACUUCAAUAGAGAGAGAAGGGGAAAAAAGAUAAGUCUAAUCAUAGUCUUAUCAUCAAGCAUCAUUAUUAAUAUGUGAAAUCAUGAAAUUUGUUAUUAUUGCUAUUAUGAUUAUUUGAAGGCAUUUCUACAAAUAAAUGCCUCCACUCAAAUCACAGCCUUAUACUUUAUAGACUCUGAAGUUGAGUAAUUAAAGCCCUCUAUCCACACAAGAUUGGUCAAAAGGAUUUGAUGAAAGAACCAGCAUAAAUAGUGUAAGUCCUUUAUCGCUGUAUACUGACUCAAUUUUUUCCAUAUUAUUUUGACCUAAAAACUGUAUUUCCCAUGUUCUUCAUACUUUAUUUGCCUUAAUAAUGCAUCUGAGUUUGAUUAAUUGGUCAACCAUCAGUAGAACAGAAGCUUCAUAUAGUAUCAGUGUUUAUGUACAGUAAGGAAUAUAAUGAAGCUGGCACGUUGUGUAAAACAUAUAAAACAGGAAAGGAUUAUUUGUAAAUGCCCUUUAACCUAUAUUAAAUCAAAUACCCAACAAAAACAAUAUAGUUAAAUGUUCAAACCGAUACUUUUUUCGGUGUGUGAAAAUAUUCUCUAAUUUCAAAUUUGAUGCAUCCAACAUGCCCCAAAAAGGAAAGGUUGGGACAUGGGCAUAUAUAAAUCAACUUAACUUUCAACAAAAAGCAUUCAGGAGCUGACGACACAAAUCGUUGAAUCUUUAUAGGUGGAAUAUUUGUCAUUCUUGCUUGAUGUGGAGCUUAAGUUGUUCAAUAGUGCAGGGUUGUCAUUGUCGUAUUUUGCGCUUCAGAACGUGCAACACAUUUUCAGUGGGAGACAGCUCUGGAUUUAGUGGUUUGGAUUUGUAUUAAUAAGCAGCAACUACUGCCGAGAAGGACUGACUUGAUGUCAGAUUUUUUACCCCCCUUAAGUACCGAUGGAGGGCACAGGUGUCAAACUCAAGGCCCGGGGGACAGAUCCGGCCCACCACUUGAUUUUAUGUGGCCCGCAAAGGCAAAUCAUGUGUGUCAACUUCCAUGAUUCUUGUUCAAAUCUGUAACAAAAUUUCAAAUUGUCAUUAUCAUAAAUGAUCCCGUUGAGAUAUGGCGGCCACAUCAUGGCCCUCUGAGGGAAACCGUAACUACAAUGUGACCCGUGACAAAAAUGGGUUUGACACCCCUGGUGUAAAGCAAGGGGCUCAAACUCAGUUUAUCGUGGGGCCGCUGGAGGAAGAUUCUGGCCGAGUCUGGGCCGCAACCACAGCACACACGGACGGGCACGUGAUUUAAAUUAGAAAUCAAAAAUAAUAAUCCAAAUGGCCUGCAGGCUACUAGUUCUAGACCCCUGGUGUAGGGUAUCAGGAAUCAUAACAAUUAUAUAACCUGAAAUUAGUCUCAUAUCAGUACAAACACAUCCCUUAUUGUGAGAAUGCAACUUGUUUUAUUUUAUCUUCAAUUAUGAAGGUGCGGUAAGGCUGCAAUGAAAAAAUGUACAACAGACAGUAUCAUACAUUAGAAUUAUGAGAAUAAGGUUGUAAUUAUAGGCUGCAUGGUGAAAUAUGGUUAGUACGUCUACCUCAUCCAGAAUAAAAUCUCCAUUGGAACGUCACUGUGGAAUAUGUUCUCACCAUGGUUGUGUUUCUCCGGUGUACUCUGGCCUCACCGUCGAAUAAAGUCACACUAGUUUGAGAAUAAAGUUGCCAAGACAUCAAUAUAAGAUAAAAUAAGACUUUUUUUUUUCCUUUUCAUGUAUUUUUGUUUAUAUUCUUUGGUUUUAAAUAGAAAGGGC